AUGAGUUCUGUUUCGGAAUCAUCUCCCUAUUCCGUAUCGAAUAUGAAAGAUAUUGAUCAGUUUUUAAAAAGGCAAGCUAAAUGCCUUUUGUCUCCAUUCCAAUCGUAUCCAACAAAUUCACAAUACUUUAAUAUGCGUAUUAGCCAACGAGUUCAACAUUAUCGAUCUAUGAAAAGAAAAUGGAAGGAACUAACAACAUCGGUUCAAAAUCAUUCGUCUUUAUUAGCAACGCCUCAAUCUCCGACAUCUUUGCCAGAUAUUUCACCAAUCACCGACGAUACACUAAAAAUUUUAACUACAUCAACACAAAAACCGACCGUCGAAACAAAACCAUAUUGUAUUAACGAAUAUAUUAAUGCAAUAAAACUAGCGAAAGAAAAUAAUAACAAGAAUUUGAUUGAUUUGGAUCCAUUACAUCCACGAAUUCAACAAGAUUUGAUUAAACUACGAAAAUUCAUCAAGGGAAAACAAGGGAAACAUACUGAUAAUAAUUCUCUUAAAACACUCACAAGUAGUCCAUCCUUAAGAGAACGGAUGUUGAUGGGCACAACACUAGAUGAUCAGGAAAAUAACGAUAUCACGAAAAUUAGAAGACCAUUGUCAUCAUAUAAACUCAAACCACUUGAUCACGUUAAAAUAUUUGGUUCUCAUCUGCAUCCUUCCACAUGUUCAAAAGCUGAUUCCACUGACAGCGGAAUUGGCAGCAAUACUAAUUCAUCAAGUACUUGUUCUCAAUAUUCAAAAGUACAGCAGCAACUGCAGCAACAGCAACAGCAGCAACAGCAACAGCAACAGCAACAACAACAGCAACAGCAACAGCAAAAGAUGAAGCCCAGAAAUAGAAAUAAAAAAUUCAACACUCAUCCUCAUCGAUUCAAUCUUCCGGCUUCUCUUGUUCCUUCUGAAUCCCUUACUUAUCGUGCUUCAGAGUUAGCAAUGAAAAAAUCGAGAGCAUCAUUUAAAGCAACUCAAAAUACAUUCUCAAAACAAUCGCUAUCCAGUUGUCUGCCAGAAUCUAUACCACAAGUACCACUUGAAUUAACAGAAAAGCAGUCUACUCCUAUUAAACAAGCAAGUUCAUUGCUACCUAUUCGACAAGUAUCUGAGAGUGAAGAAAUAGAAAUGCGUCGUUAUACCUAUGCAGCAUCAACUACGUCAACAACUUCACGUUUAAUGAGGACUAAACGUAAUAUAUCACUUUUAUCAAUUAUUUUAGAGUCAACUCCUUGUAUUGGAAUGCAAGCACGAGAAGUUCGAUCGAAGAAAAAUGAAUAUGAUUUAGAAGAGACGCAAGCAGAAAAUAAUCAUGAUAAUGAUGUUAAUGAUGGCGACGACGACGAUGAUGAUGAUGAUGACGAUUACGAUGAUGGUUAUUAUCAUCUACUUGGUUAUAAACAUUUGAUAAAUCAUCUGCCCAAACCAGUUGUAUCUAUCCGAUCCUGUUAUGGGCAAGAUGAUUUUGGGAUUUUAUACGAACAAUUAGAUCAUAUUCGAGAGACAAUGCCUAAUUCGAAUAUUUAUAAUGACUACGCACGAAUUGUUUAA